CAUCGACUCGGUCGAUCUUCUUUCUCCUUCUAACUUUCCAUCUUCUCCCCACUUGACUUGACCGGCUCCACCUGUCAACCCACAAGAGACAAACUCCUCUGAGUCAGCGGAGAUAUCCCAACCAGGGGCUGCUCAAAAUGGGAACCUGAGCAUGGCCAUCGUCAAGGGCACGGCCUCACCCAACUUGAUCUGCACCUUACGGCCCGACCAAUCGCCAUUUCAGAACCUUGAAUCUCGCCCCCGAUGGCUUAAGCUUCCUGCAAAAGUUCCCACUUGGUUCUGUAUGGCGUGCCGGUCCGGCAUCCGAAUCGCCUAUAUGAUGGACCGUCUCCCCCUCGCUGUCCUCCUUUUCCCAACAGACAGCACAACCCCCCAUACUUCUCGCAACCAUGUCACCUACCCCUUUCAAAGUCAUCGUCGUGGGCGGCGGCCCAGUCGGUCUCACAGCAGCUCACGCACUCAGCCAUGCGGGCAUCGAUUUUGUCGUACUCGAACGCAGGGACUCGGUGGUCCUCGACCAAGGCGCCAGUCUGGUUCUUGGUCCCCCCACGCUGCGAGUGUUGCACCAACUGGGCCUCCUCGAUCCACUGAUGGCCGUUGGCGGGGAGAUUAAUACGAACGUGUCGCUUACCCAUCAGGGGCACGAAUUCCGCGACUCCGACUGCUUUCGAAUUAUACGGAAAAACCAUGGCAGCGCGCCGGUCGCCUUCCACCGUGCCCACCUGAUCCAGACUCUGUACGACAAACUGCCCGAGAAAGCCAAAAGCCAGUACCUUGUCAACAAAAAAGUCAGCGAUAUCGAGUCGCACGAUACGGGGGUCCGAGUCACCUGCGCCGACGGCACCGCCUACGAUGGAUCCAUGGUUAUCGGGGCGGACGGGGUCCACAGCAAGACACGGCAAGUGAUGCGCCGGCUCGCCUUGGCUGCAGAUCCCACGCGGACCUGGGAUGCGGAGAACCCCUUCACGGCCGAAUACAAGUGUAUGUGGUGCAGUUUUCCCCGGAGGACCGAGACUGGAGAGUCCACCGAAACCCAGAACAUAGACAAAUCGGUCAUGUAUCUCUCCGGGCGCGAGCGCGGGUGGAUCUUCCUCUACGAGCGCCUGCCGCAGCCAACCACCGAGCGAAUCAACUACACCCCCGAGGACAUCGAGGCCAUGGCGGCGCGGUUUGCCGAAUACCCCAUCACCGAGACGCUGCGAGUGAAAGACGUGUACGCGGAGCGAUUCACUGCCGGCAUGGCCAAUCUGGAGGAAGGCAUCCUGGAGCACUGGGGAUGGGGACGCAUGGCCCUCGUGGGAGACGCAUGCCACAAAUACACCCCAAACGCGGGAUUGGGCCUCAACAACGGCAUCCAGGAUGUAGUGGUGCUGUGCAACGGAUUACACAAGGCGCUGCAGAGCGCGACGGGGGAACAACUGGACACGACCACGUUGGGCCGUGUGUUCGACGAGUACCAGACGGAGCGAGCGGAGCCGAUCCUCAGGGAUGCGAAACGGUCGGCGCAGGUGACGCGGCUGCAUGCAUGGGCCAGUACGUUUUACUACAUCAUGGCGCGGUACAUCCUGUCGUGGGGGUGGAUCGAGGGGCUGUUGCUCAACUAUCAAGCUGCUCCUAAGAUCAAGCAAGGCGCAGUGCUGAAGUACAUCUCCGCCACGGAGCCAUUUACGGGGCUUGUCAAAUGGGAUCAUCCAUUGGAUGGAAGCAGCUGUUGAACUCAAGUAGGAACAUACCUAAUCUUAGCGGCAGUUCAGUGUUUCAUGAUCUUCCUCAACCCUUCCACCAAUCCAUCAACCGAUAAAACUCCGAGUAACUCGCCUGUCCACCUACACCCCAACAAGGCAAUAUCCCUCUGGAGACCGUCAGACGCACGCGAUAUUUGUGGAAAAUCCGCC